CCUCCCCCUGUGGGUUGCAUAACGUCCGGACUCGUCGGGACUAUAAUACGGGCGCCGCACAAAGCGGAUAUUCAAUACCGUAACUUUUCUUGUGAGGACUGAAAACAAAGACUACAAUGAGGCUGAUCUGUGGCUGUAGUGCUUUGCUGCUGCUCAUGGCCAUUCCCAGAGCCUGCCAAGCUGGGAACAUCUUGGUCUUCCCAACUGAUGGCAGCCACUGGUUAAACAUGGAUAUUCUACUUCAAGCUCUGCACUCAAGAGGACACAAUAUUACUAUUCUGCGCUCCAGCAAAAGCUGGUACAUCAAGGAGAGCUCCUCUCAUUACAACACCAUCACAGUUCCGGUAGAGAGGAGCAUAGAUCAGACGUUUGUCACACAAAUCUUAUUUAAGGUCAUUGAGUUUGAAAGGGGGGCUCUCCCCUUGACAAGUUUUCUCCCCAUGACUCUGGAAAUGUUUGGCGCAAUGGUUGAAGCUCACAAAACCGUGGGUGAAUAUGUAUCAGCAAUGCUAGGUGACAGGGAGCUGAUGAGAACAAUGGUGGACAGCAAGUUUGACCUGGUACUCACUGACCCCUGCUGGGGAGGUGGGAUAAUUUUAGCAAAAUAUUUAAACCUUCCACUGGUUUAUAAUGUUCGCUGGGCUCUGGCUACAGACGGUCAUCUUGCUUUUGCUCCUUCACCAAUAUCAUAUAUUCCUAUAACAGGAUCUGGCUACACUGAUCAGAUGACCUUUUUUCAAAGAGUUAAGAAUGUGAUUUUGCAUAUAAUAACCCAAAUGCAAGACCACCUGGUGGCUAAGCUAGUUUACCAGGAUAUAUGUGACAAACAUCUUGGGCCUGAUAACAACUAUAACCAGUUAAUGCUUACUGCAGACAUUUGGCUGAUGAGAGUGGACUUUGUGUUUGAGUUCCCUCGUCCCACCAUGCCUAAUGUUAUCUAUAUGGGAGGCUUCCAGUGUAAACCUGCAAAACCUCUGCCUCAACACCUGGAGGAUUUUGUGCAGAGCUCUGGAGAACAUGGAGUCAUCCUCAUGUCUCUGGGGACUUUUGUAAGCGAACUUCCUGCUGAUAUGACAAAUGAGAUCGCUGCAGCUUUUGCCAAAUUACCUCAGAAAGUCAUCUGGAGAUAUAAAGGUGACAGACCAACCACUCUGGGCAACAACACUUUACUAGUCGACUGGAUGCCACAGAAUGACCUUUUAGGACACCCUAAGAUUAAACUAUUUGUGGCUCAUGGAGGAACAAAUGGAGUUCAAGAAGCUAUUUAUCACGGAGUCCCAGUUGUGGGUCUACCUCUGUUUUUUGACCAGUAUGACAACCUGAUAAGACUGAAAGAGAGAGGAGGGGCUAAGAUUCUAACCAUUAAUAUGGUGGAGAGAGAUAACUUCCUGAAGGCCAUACAGGAAGUCCUGAAUGAGCCCUCCUACACCAUGAACAUGCAGAGACUCUCCCGGCUGCACAGAGAUCAGCCAAUGAAGCCGCUGGACACCGCCCUCUUCUGGAUAGAGUUUGUCAUGAGACACAAAGGUGCAGCUCACCUGAGAACAGAGUCCUACAAAAUGCCCUGGUAUUCCUACUACUCUGUAGAUGUCAUAGUAUUUUUGCUAACAAUAGCACUACUUUUUUUCUUGUUCUUUGUUGGGUUAUUGUGGUCGUGCUUCAGAUUGUGCUUGAAAAGAAAAAUGAAAUCUGACUAACUUUGGACUGUGUCAUUGAUAUUGACUGCAACUUACCUAUUUAGAGUUUCCUUUACAUUGCAAUGUGUAAACAUAAAGCAAAACAUGACUAAUCAUUCAAGGGAUGUACAUUUUGUGCAUUAACUUUAUUUCACCAAAUAACAGUAAUAUGAAAAUAAAGAUAAACAACAUUGUGAUAGCAAAGCAAAUGUAUUCUUUUGUAAAGGCAAUAUUUUGCAGUGUGUUAUUUUAAUUUGUUUGAUAUUGAUAUUUGAGUAAAAUAUUUGCAUUAAGUGAAUGGACGUGAAUUUUUUCAUAACCAACUCUGUACAAAUUAAAGUACUAGGAA